GGCUCCUCCCGCCGCUGACAGCGCCUGGCCGAGCGCGGGGAAAGGAGCGAAGAUGCCGGGGGCCGGCAGGCGUUGACCGAGCCGACCCGCUAGCAGGAGAAGGAAGCCGAAGUGAAGCGAGGCGGUUGAGAAAGCGCGCGGCGGAUGCGUUUCGGGGUUUGGAGCGGCGGCGGCGGCAGCAGCAGCAGCAGCAGCAGCAAAGGGAGAGGCGGAGGUCGGCAGGAGCGGAGAAAUGAUCGCGGAGUUGGUGAGCAGCGCCCUGGGGCUCGUCCUGUACCUCAAUACCCUGGGCGCGGAUUUCUGCUACGACGACAGCCGAGCAAUCAAGACAAACCAAGAUCUUCUUCCUGAAACACCAUGGACACAGUUAUUCUAUAAUGACUUUUGGGGCACUCUUCUGACCCACAGUGGGAGCCAUAAAUCCUACAGACCUCUCUGCACACUCUCUUUUCGCAUUAACUAUGCUAUUGGAGGAAUGGAUCCUUGGAGUUACCACCUCAUAAAUGUCCUUCUACAUGCAGCAGUCACGGGUCUUUUCACUAAUUUUUCUCGAGUGCUGUUUGGUGAUGGACACUGGACCUUAUUAGCUGGUUUGCUGUUUGCUUCUCAUCCCAUUCACACUGAAGCAGUGGCAGGGAUUGUGGGAAGAGCUGAUAUUGGAGCUUGCCUUUUCUUUCUGCUCUCCCUAGUCUGUUACAUUAAACACUGCUGUACAAGAAGCUACUCAGAAGGAACCUGGGGCUGGAUCUUGGGUGCUGGUCUGUGUGCCACUUGCAGCAUGUUAUGGAAGGAGCAAGGAGUGACCGUGCUGGCAGUGUCAGCAGUUUAUGACGUGUUUGUAUUUCAUAGGCUAAAAAUGCACCAAAUUGUUCCUGCUGUAUAUAAGAGGAAGAAUUGGCCUCUUCUUUUGAGCAUUGGUUUAUUGAUCUUCUGGGGAGCUUUAUUACUGGGUCUUCGCUUCUAUUGGAUGGGGAACAAACCUCCCAGCUUUUCCAACUCUGACAACCCAGCAGCUGACUCAGAUAGUUUUUUAACACGAGCUCUGACCUUUUUUUAUUUGCCAACCAAAAACCUUUGGCUGCUGUUUUGCCCAGACACUCUUAGCUUUGAUUGGUCCAUGGAUGCUGUGCCUCUUCUCAAAACAAUCAGUGACUGGAGGAACCUUCACACAGUGGCCUUUUAUGCUGGAUUCCUCCUCCUUACUUAUACCAGUUUGAAAAAUUCCAGCAUAGAAAGAGCAGGCAAUGGGAAAAAUAUAACAAAUGGCAGACUUAAUGGCAAUGGUCACAACUACCUAUCUGAACUGGAAUAUAAAGAGUUGAGAUCCAGUUUUGCAUCUAAAGAAGAGAAUGGCAUUAACAAAGGCUUAUCACAAAAACCACACAUCCCCUCAACAGAGAAUAUUGUGGUUCUGUCGCUAUCUUUAUUAAUUGUUCCUUUUAUUCCUGCAACAAACUUAUUUUUUUAUGUAGGCUUUGUGAUAGCAGAGCGUGUGUUGUAUAUACCCAGUAUGGGCUUCUGCCUCUUGAUCACUGUGGGCACAAGAGCCCUUUAUGUCAAAGUCCAAAAGCGCUUUCUGAAGAACUUGAUUUUUUUGGCUAGUGCUGCAUUAAUUUUUUUUUACGGGCUGAAGACAUUUAUCAGGAAUGGGGACUGGCAGAAUGAAGAGAUGCUGUAUAAAUCAGGGAUUAAAGUAAAUCCAGCUAAAGCAUGGGGUAACCUUGGAAAUGUUUUGAAGAGCCAGAGUAAGAUUUCUGAAGCUGAAAGCGCCUAUAGAAAUGCCUUGUAUUAUCGCAGCAACAUGGCUGAUAUGCUUUAUAAUUUGGGAUUAUUAUUGCAGGAGAACAACAGGUUUUCAGAAGCACUGCAUUAUUAUAAAUUGGCAAUUGGAAGCAGACCUACUUUAGCCUCUGCUUAUUUAAAUACUGGCAUCAUCUUAAUGAAUCAAGGCAAGGCUGAGGAUGCCAAGAAGACAUUUUUGAAGUGUUCAGAGAUUCCUGAUGAAAACCUAAAAGAUCCUCAUGCUCAUAAGAGUUCUGUUACCAGCUGCCUUUAUAACCUAGGGAAACUUUACCAUGAACAAGGACAAUAUGAGGAUGCCCUUAUAGUUUACAAAGAGGCGAUACAGAAAAUGCCAAGACAGUUUGCACCACAGAGUUUAUAUAAUAUGAUGGGAGAGGCCUACAUGAGACUUAGCAGAUUCUCUGAAGCAGAACAUUGGUAUGUGGAAUCACUGCACUCUAAAACUGAUCACAUUCCAGCUCAUCUCACAUAUGGGAAACUUCUUGCUUUAACGGGUCGCAAGAGAGAGGCAGAAAGAUAUUUCUUAAAGGCAAUUCAGUUGGAUCCUUUGAAGGGAAACUGUUAUAUGCAUUAUGGCCAGUUUCUGUUAGAAGAAUCUCGGUUGAUGGAAGCAGCAGAGAUGGCCAAGAAAGCAGCUGAGUUGGAUAAUACAGAGUUUGAUGUUGUGUUCAAUGCGGCUCAUAUGCUUAGACAAGCUAGUCUCAAUGAAGCAGCUGAAAAAUAUUACAAAAUGGCCGCUGAGCUAAGACCUAAUUACCCAGCUGCCUUAAUGAAUUUGGGAGCUAUUCUUCAUCUCAACGGCAAACUUUUGGAGGCUGAAUCAAACUAUCUUCAUGCCCUUCAGUUUAAACCUGAUGAUGUCAUCACACAAUCAAAUCUUCGCAAACUCUGGAAUAUUAUGGAAAAGCAAGGCUUAAGAACAACCAAAACAUAAUGCAGGGUUUUUAAAAAGUGUUGUUGUUUUUGCAAAGAGUUUAGAAAAAAAAUUAAAAUCCAAAAUAACUUUUGGAGCACUGUUUUUGUUGAGUGCUCUUGCUAACUAAGCUGUAAUAGUCAAAGGUUGUAAUUGCUGCUAGAAGAACCCUACAGGGCUGCAUUUUGAUGUUUCAAAUUGAAAAUGAGAAAGGGGUAGAAUCUUUUUGAUAAGUUUCAUGAAGGAUUUAAUAAUUGUUGCCAAAAUCCAGAAAAUUAAAAACAAUCUGAAACUGGAGCAUCUGAAAGGGACCCACCUUAGCAUAUUCACCAGGGCAUAUUAGUCAUUCUCACUUUGGUCAUUUUUAUGUGGUUUCUGGUAGAAAAGUCAUGUUGGCCUACUGAGCAGCCUUCCAGUCAAAUUAAGAAUUUAGAAGAGGAUAAAAACUGGCUUAAAUUUAUUUUCUUAGGCUGUAAUUCAUUAAAUGUAUACUGAAACUAAAUGUGUUUGCUCUUUGUCUUGAUAUUGUAUAACACUCCACAGACCUGCCUAUUGAGUUAAUUCACAUACUAGCUCAACUAUUUGAAUUUGUUUUUUAAAGAUGUGGUUUCAUGGCUAAUCUUCACUGGCAAAUGCAUAUUGUUAACCUGUUUGGUUGGCUGGACGGCUGUGAAUUAUCCUCUGAAAGUGUAGAAACAAGCAACAAUAAAGACAACUUGAAAUGUAGAAUUAACCAUAUACAAUAGUACUGAAUUAAGUAAAUGAAGAAUUAAGGCAAACUCUCUGUCAUCUUCUUGUAAUCUACUAUGCUUCAGAGCCUCAAUAGUCAAUUACUUUUAAAAGUACAGCAGGUUGCUGAACCUAUGCUGUACAGUAAAUGCUUCUAUCUUUGCUUUGCCCUGUCAAAAAUGGGAAUGAUCCAUGCUUUAAGACAGCACCUAUCCACUGGGUAGGAAAAUUGAACCUUGCUCACAACUUCAACGUUGUUAUGCUUUGUUGCUUUAACCAGCUUGCCUUACUUCCAAAAUCAGAUCAGAGUUAAGCUGGAGAGCCAUGUCCAUAAUAAUUAAAUGAAAAGUAUGGAUUUAGGUUUGUUCUUAUCAACAAUAGCUAUUUUAUUGAAAAAAGAAAUCCAUUUGUAUACAGACAUUUUAAAUAUGAACUGUUUAGACAUAUAAACAAAAAUAUGAAUUUUCUGCCUUUUAGUACAUUGAAAGCAAAGGAUAGAACAGUGUGGGUGAACAUGUUACUAACAUUGUUUUUGAAAAUAUGCAACACUGGUAGCAUGAUUGCAUCUAUGGCUUGACUACGUGGUGCAUCGUGCAUCAAGCACACACAAAGCAAACUACUAUCUCCAUUAAACUGAUACCCAGGUUGCCAGUUUGUUUAAAUAUACUUCCAAAGUAUGUUGUCUUUGGAUUAACAACAAAUUUGUAGGCAUGCAUUUGGUGAAUGCAUUUUUGAAAUGUUAGCAGCAGGAUUUACCAGCUGUUUGUGAAAAAUAAACUAUUAUGCUAUCUGCAAGAAACUAAAAGAGUUUAAUAUUUUAAAUAAAUAUUUAAUGAAUCCACAAGGUGUUAGACUAAAAGGAAUUAUGUGAUUGACAAUAGCUGCCAAUUAUUUUUGCAUUUAUUUAACUAUAGAUGAAGAGAAAUUGUGUGCAUAUUCUAACCCAAUUCUGCAUUCUUUUUUUUUGGUUUAAUAUUUCAACUUAUUUAGCCUAAUGUUUAUGAUUUGCAUAAAAGCAUCAUUUAAAAACAAGAUCAUUUACCAAUUCCCUUUAUUAUUAACUAGACAAAUUACACUAUAAUUUCAGAAUGGCAUAUAUACCCAUCAGUCAUUUUUAUAUCAGUGUGACUGGCACCAAAGAGCUCCUGUAGACAUAUCCAAGGGCUUGCUAUGGCUGGCUUAAUUUUUCAUCUGUGAAAUACAUAGCCAAUUUUAAAUUCAUACUUAAAGCCACCUUGAAUUAAAAUGGGUGGUUGUUUUAGAAAUAAAGAGCUAGUUAUGUGAUCCUUUGCAUCCUAGCACUAUAUCCUGCAACAUCCAUAGAUUGAAGGUAAGGUGUCCCUAAGAAUCCUCCCUAUGUUAAAAAAAAGUGUAUUGAAUAUCAUUCCAUUGUUAUUACUUUGGAAGUGAUGCAUUGUUGAAGGUUUUUAUUUGCCAACUGUAGCAAGUAGUCAUUAGAUAGGAUUCCACAACUGUUGCUAGUCUUCUGGUUGCUUUUCAUGGUGUGUUUUUAAAUGUUUAAAGAAUGUAUUGAUGUUUAGAAGGAAACAGGAACACAUUUAUUCUGUGCAUUUUAGUCACCCCAGUUUUCUAUGUAGAAGUAUUAAGAAAUAAUAGGCUAUUUUCUCAGCAUAACCACAAUUUAUGUCAUCCUUUGUGAUACUCUGAGCUUGUUUGAUUUUCCAUUAGGAGUACCAUUGUUAAAAACAUUUUAUUAUUAGGUACCACCUCCUAAUUUCUGUUUUCUUACAUUAGCCUAUUUUAUUUUAGAACUUUGUGUAGAUGAGUGACCUUUCAAAUUUUUCCUUCCAGGUGCAGUUCCAGAAACUGUUUUAAUGAGAUAGAAAAAACUAAAAUAUUAACCAGUGAAAUUCAACAUUUUCACUGUUAUGCAUUCAGAUAUGGAUAAAAUGCAGUGUUAGCUACUGUCUAUUUAACUGAACAAUGUACUGUUGCAUCAUUUUCUCAAAACUGUAAAACCAAAUGCUGUAUUAAUGAUGAAGAUUGAUUUUUUUAGUAUCAUCCUAUGCAUGUAUACUCAAGAGUAAAUCCAAUUAAAUUCAAUGGGUCUAACCCCAUGGAAUUAUGUAUAGGAUAGCAAUUUAACUGUAUUAGUAUGGCAUUCUGAAAUGUUAAAUUUCAGCAUCAGAUGCAAGGUCAACUUCCUAGUUGUAACAUUUCACUUUUCAUUAUACCAUCUCCCUUUUUAUAUUUUUUAUUCUUAAUUACAUUUCUUAUACACUAGAUUUCCAUGAAGUCAUACAGGAGUUUUGCUUGUCUCAAAUCAAACAAUGACAAAUUGUUAAAAUAAAAUCUUGUUUUUCCAUGCAUUUUUAGUAUAGGGUUAGGCUUUAUAUCUCUCACUUUUCAAAUAAGUUUAAAAUUGUUGUCUCUGCUCAGGGAUUUGUGGUGGAUAUUGCAGACAGUGCUUAAAAAUAAGAGCACAAAUUUACUAAAUUAAAUUUUUAUUUUUGGAGAAAGCAUAUUUGUAUAAAUUAUCAAGAUUUGUAGGGUUUCCUUUUUGUAGAAAUAAUUGUUUAUGUGCCAGAUAAGAAAACCCACUUUGUUUUCAGUAAUAAAUGAUUGAUAACAAAUAUACCGAAAUCAUUCUCAUCUGUUAUUAUCAACACUUGAUUAAUUUUUAUUGAAUAUACUGUAU